AUGGGCGUGGGCGGCGUUGGCGUGGGCGGCGUUGAUGUGGGCGGCGUUGAUGUGGGCGGCGUUGACGUGGGCGGCGUUGGCGUGGGCGGCGUUGGCGUGGGCAGUGAUAGAGGUGGUGGUGGUGGAAGGGAAUGGGAUGGUCACGGAGGUGUGACCAUGCCGCAAACAGGAGACGUGACGAUAUGGCACGCCCUCAAUCCACUGGACUGGGACUGGACUCAGGAAAGUGGCUGGCAGUCCAGUGGGAGUCCAGUGGACUGGACUGGACUGGACUGGACUGGACUGGACUGGACUCCAGUGGACUGGGCAUUCUGCCAGCCAAUCUGGCCUGGUAAGAGGGCCACUGGAAUCCACUGGACUCCAGUGGAGUCCAGUGGAGUCCAUAUGGAUUACGUGGGGGAUGUACAGUACAUGGGGGAUGAACAAUUACAAUGGUUUUUGUCAUAUGUCCACAUCCAGUGGCAGCAUCUGAUGGCUUCCAGUCUAUGUUAUAGCAAGCCUUUAGCCACCAUUCUUCCUAGUGUUCGAAAGUCUGGUUAG